AACAACAAGAAACGGAACAAGGACGCAAAUCGGGAAAAAUCAAUAAACGGACAUUGACAAAAGCAACAGCAGCAGCAGCAGCAGCAGGCGCAGCGGAAGAAGCGAUGGCGAUGGCAACGGCCCCAAAUGUCCUUUUCCAUAUGCAAUACUGUAGUACAUACGAGUUGCUUUACGGUUCGUGCGGCAGUUGAAAUGCAGCUGAGGAAGUGUGAUGGCGAAAGUUAAGAAAUUAGAAUGUAGCUGUGCUAAAUCAUUUGAAUUAGUUAAGAAAUUAUUUAUGCAAUAAAUGAAUUGAAAAUAAAAUAAACAAAGAAAUAGCGAAAGUUAAUUACGUGUGAAAAACUAAUAAUUGGAAAUCAUGGGAAAGACAUUAGUAAACUACAUAUGUACUCGCACAAACACACGAACCCUCAUGCAAGUGCAAACAUCAUGUGAAAAAAUUAAUUGCACAUAAAUUUCCACUUGAAAAUUAAAAAUUACUUGUUUUUUUUUUGCAAUAAACAUUUGAUCGCUUAGUGCAAUUAUUAUUUUGUUUUUAAUCGCGCCGCUUUUCGUUAAAACACAAUGGUUAGCAAAAGUGCAGUCAGUGGCGAGGAACGCCCAGUUUUUAUUCCGCCACGAAAACGCCAGACAUCGAAAAAAGUGAAUGGUGCACAAAACUAUGUAGACCACAUUGUUAAUGUACAGAAUCGUCAAAAACUUUCGCCAUCCAAUCCAGCACUGGACGAGGACUUAGUCAAAACUUCCUUAAUAUUGAAAAAUAAACAACCACUGCCACAAAUACCAGGCGCUCAGGUCAACGGUGACACAACAGAUGAUCAUUCAACGCACAAGUCAUCGCAAUCUGUGGAUAAUAUUUACGAAGAUGAUAACGAGUUGCAGAAUUUUGAGAGCAUAUCACAGGGUACGAAAUCGACAAAUCGCCAUGAAAGUACCACAGUAACGCCGAGUAGCUAUUCAGAGAGCAGUCUAGAUGCAAAGUCACACGAUUGCCUAAGUAAUCGCUCUUCCUCAAAGAAACGUGUAAAUAUACGCACUGACCCGCUGCAUGUACGCAGCCAACGCGAGUCACCGGAAAUUGUUAACUAUGAGGAUUUAGAAUCGGGCGAAACGAGCGUUUUAAAUACGGAUGUGCAUAGUUUGGAGAGGUACAAUACGCGUAGAUCAAUGGACAGUAACUACUUAACUAUGACAGGUACAAUUAAACGCGGACGCAAGAAGGGUCAAAGCCUCGAUUUGCAAAUAAAUAUUAGUCGUGAGGAGCUGGAGCAAAUAAAUGCUGUUGCCGCUGCGGUUCAAGUGAAUAAACAACAGAAUCUCUGUUGCAGCUGCACUCCGCAAACCGGUCUACAUAUCCUUUUCUUAUCGCUAGUAUGUCUUCCAUUCGUAACAUUAGUCUCGAGCAUCUAUUCAUUUUAUAUUGGCACGCUUACCUGGUACAAUAUGUUCAACUACUUCAGUGAGGAGAAAUCAUGCGUUUAUAAAUUCUUUAUGUCACCCAUCCUGAUACUCGCCUAUCCUGUCGGUAUACUCGUUUGCACUCUCGGCUUGGGGAUAUAUGCGGGCAUUUCACAAUUAAGUCUACAAUUUAAUAGCUGGCUAAAUGAGAUAGCCGACAUAGAGAAGGGCUUCUACGGUUGGCUAUGCUCCUUUCUACAUCUCUCCGACUGCAGUCCAUACGAGGUGGUUAUAUUGACGGACAUUCGUCUGCCGCAGGAUGUGCCACGUGUACAUGUGAAUACGUCCACUGAAGAAUUAUCGCUGUAAGUGGAACAAGCACACAAAGAAUAAGUAUUUACAACUCAAAAGUGAACAUAAACCGUCAAGUUUUUGGAAAGUGAUAUAACGCACAUACUUAUAGUACAUAGAUACAUACAUACAUAUGUAAUAUUAGAGGCAAAUCGAAAAAUGCAUCUAUGGUUAAUUUGAAAAUUCGAUAUAUAUAUUAACAAUACCUACAUAAAUAUAUACAUACAUACAUGUAUGUACAUUAGGGUGGUCCAAACAAAGUAAAUAUGGAAGUUUAAUGCUCUCACCCUCUAAGAUUGUUAACCCUUUUUUGUUGUGGAAUCAAAAUAUAUUUAGAGGUGCCUCAAAGCGCUCAAAGUUUUCCA